ACGUCAAAACUGACUUCGCUUCAAUGCGGCUUUCGCUUUAUAUUCCUGACCUUUGUUUGUUUGUGAGCUAUGGCGUCUCCCGGAACCGCCGUGGAGCUGAACCCCGUCCUCCAACCCCUCAGCUGGCUGCUGGGUACCUGGGAGAGUGAUGAACCUGGAGAAGGAACCUUCCCCUCCAUAAAACCCUUCCGCUACACAGAGAAACUGCACUUCAGCCAUGUGGGGCAGCCAGUCAUCAACUUUAUGUUUAAUGCCUUUCAUGCUGAGUCCAAUAAGCCUCUACACAGAGAAUGUGGUUUUAUUCGAAUCCAGCAGGGGACCAACAGAGUAGCCUUCAUCAUCGCACAGAACUCAGGUCUGGUGGAAAUCGAAGAGGGGGAGCUGACGAGUAAUCAGCUCAAACUGCAGACCCAAAGUCUGGGGAGAAUCUCGUUCGCCAAGGAGCCCCAUGUACAACAGAUUUCACGAGUCUUCCAGCUUCGACCAGAUGGGAAGCUGGAGCAAACAGUUUCCAUGGCAACAGAUAACCAUCCGCUAACACAGCAUCUGCACAUCAUUUACAGUCGGUCAUCUGGAGCCAACUAGUCUUUUUUUAACCCUGUGCUUAAAGUCCAAGUAAUAUAUUUUGAGCAGGGCUCAGAAAACCUUUUUCUCUCAGGGGUUUUUCCUUCCAGUUGUCAAGGAGUGCAAAUUUGGUUUGUUGCUGGACAGGGUUCAUUGUUGUUUGCAAUCAAAUAAAGUACUGACUGUAAUCCAUAUGGUUCUACCGGAUAAUAAAUGUUUAAUCUAAAACAAACUUUUUUUUAUUGCUCAAAAUGUAGCAUGAGGUCAAGAAAUUAGGUCUUGUACAUUUUUCUUAGUUUCAUCUCAGCUUCAUUAUAUUCACAUGAAAUAUCAAUUUUAUGAAUAUAUCAUUCUAUCAAUCUUUACAUUUUAUAAAAAUCCUUCCAUGUUUCCAUUUUACAUAAA